CAAAUUAGCAUUAGAAGGAUAUCUACAUUUCAACCUUCCAAUUUCCUCUCUCCUCUUAUUCCUUAUUUGAAACUUAGUCCACUCAUCUUCCCACUUACCACUUCCACAAAAACAACUAAGAACUUCCCUUCUCCUUUCUCAUCUUCAUAAAAAUUUCCCCUCCCCACCUCUCAACCCUCCAUCACUCCCCAAUUCAUCAUAUCAUCUUAUCAAACUCAAAAAUGAGAAAAGUGGUAUUGAAAUUGGAAUUACAUGGUGAUAGAGAAAAGCAAAAAGCCUUGAAAUCAGUAUCUGUUCUUCAAGGAAUUGAAUUGAUCGCCAUGGACAUGAAAGACAAAAAGUUAACAGUGAUUGGAGAUGUAGACCCAGUUGACGUCGUUGCGAAGGUUCGAAAGCAUUGGCCGGACGCCGACAUCGUCAGCAUCGGCCCGGCAAAGGAAGAGAAGAAGAAGGAAGAGCAAAAGAAUCAAAAUGAUCAAAAGAUGGAAGAGCUACUUAAAUUGUACAAAAGCUAUGAUCAUCAACAUGGCUUUGCUGUUAAUUACGAUUUGUAUGGUGUGGAGGAGAAUUCUAAUAACCCUUGUGUCAUAAGUUAGAAUUUAACUCAUAUAGUAUAUAGUUCAAACUUACUUAGUAUAUUAUGUCUUUUUUAAGUUAAGAUCAGUAGGAAUUGGAAUGCUCUCAAUUUCACAUAUUGUUAAACUACAUAAUAAUUAGCUACCUAUGUUUUAUUUUUAA